ACUAAAGACAAGUUAUACAAGCAUCGUGGAACUAUCGUUAAGAAAAUUAAAGACGAACUAUUCGAAGUAUUUCAAGAAAAACUUAAUAAAAUUGAUUCAUCAGCUUCUGCUGAUGCUAUUAAGGCUUUCAAAGAAUCAGCAAAUACAAAAUGGUGUUUACGCAAACUAAAUUUACCAAUCAGUACUAUGUUAUCUCAAACCUAUAUGGACUUAAUUGUUUCAAAAGUUUGGGCAAAAGAUCAACCUACUGAAGAUGAUAAAGUUUUUGCGAUUGCUGUGUGUUUUUAUAUUCUUGACUCAAAAUAUAAAGGCAUGAAAUUAGAUCUUAAAAAG